AUGGCCUCGAGACUGGCCCUCCGAGGCGCGCCUCUGCGCUCCUCGACCGCGCUUGUUAGCCGCGCCGCGCCGCCCACCGCUGCCGCUGCCACCAAAUCCUGCAGCCUCGUCGCCGCUGCGCGCAGCACGCCUGUUGCUGCUCGCGCCGUUGUCUCACGCUGCUUCUCCCAGACCGCCGGGGCUGCGGCCCCCAAGGCUCGGCCCGGCUCGAUUCGCAAGGACCCGGCCUAUCUCGACAUGCAAAAGACGAGCGACGGGAACCCUGAGCCAUGGAUGGACUUCUCCGCCCGGCACAUUGGUCCUCGCGACGAGGAUAUCCCCGCCAUGCUCAAGCAGUUGGGCUCUGGCCUUGAGUCUCUGGAGGCUUUUGUUGCUCAGGUCAUCCCCGAGGACAUCAUGCUCCCUCCCCAGAAGACGAUUCAGCCCAAGACCUACAGCGAAUCUGGCGUUGCCGAGCUCUUCAAGGCCAUGAAUGCCCACAACGAAAUCCACACCUGGAUGAACGGCGGUGGCUACUACCCCGUGGAAAUCCCUGCUGUCAUCAAGCGAAACAUACUCGAGAACCCUGCCUGGUAUACCAGCUACACGCCGUACCAGGCCGAGAUCAGCCAGGGCCGUCUGCAGUCGCUGCUCAACUUCCAGACCAUGGUUUCCGACCUCACCGGUCUGCCUGUUGCCAAUGCCAGCUUGCUCGAUGAGGGAACUGCCGCUGCCGAGGCCAUGACCAUGUCCCUCGGCAACCUUUCGACUUCUCGAGCCAAGCGCCCCGGAAAGACCUAUGUUGUCUCUCAUCUCGUCCACAAUGCCACCUUCGAGGUCAUGCGAGGCCGUGCCGAGGGCUUCGGCAUCCGUCUGGAGAUGAUGGAUCUGUCCGCAACCGAUGCCAUUCAAAGGAUCCGAGCUCUCGGCGACGAUCUGGUUGGUGUCCUCGCUCAAUACCCCGACACCAACGGCGGUGUUGGUGACUUCCGCCAUCUGGCUGAUGUCGCCCACGAGCAGGGCACCCUCUUCAGCGUUGCCACCGACCUGUCCGCCCUGACCCUUUUGACGCCUCCUGGCGAAUGGGGUGCUGAUGUUGCUUUUGGUAACUCGCAGCGAUUUGGUGUUCCUCUAGGAUUCGGUGGUCCCCACGCCGCCUUCAUGGCCGUCAAGGAGGCCAGCAAGCGUCGCUUGCCCGGCCGCAUCAUUGGCGUUUCCAAGGACCGCACUGGAGGGCGUGCUCUCCGACUGGCUCUCCAGACGCGCGAGCAGCACAUUCGCCGCGAGAAGGCCACUAGUAAUGUUUGCACUGCCCAGGCUCUCCUGGCGAACAUGGCUGCCAUGUACGCCAUCUACCAUGGACCUGCUCAGCUGAGGGAGAUGGCCGUCAACAACCUCCGCUACGCUCGCAUGCUCCAGUCUGCCGCUCAGCACUAUGGCCUUACCGUUCCUACCCUCACUCUCGACCCUCAGGGUCGUGCUUUGUCCGACACCAUUGCAAUCAGCUUUGAGAAUCCCAAGGCUUGCCAGGUAUUCCGAAAGGAGCUUCUGGAGAGGGGCAUCAGCGGGGGCAAGGCCUGGACUAGCAAUGAAGCGGUUCUGGCCGUUCCCACUACGUUCACUCUGGACACAUAUGUCCGCAUCGUCGAGGCUUUUCAGGCUGUGGCCAAAAAGAACCACACGGACCGCAACUUGGAGGUUGCCAACAAGUUCUGGAGCGAGGGCUGGAGUCCGUCUUUGGACGAAGUUGUCAAUGGCAUCCCGCAAAUUGUCCGCCGAGAGUCUAGCUAUUUGACGCAUCCCGUUUUCAACUCACACCACAGCGAGACCGAGAUGCUUCGAUACAUCUACCAGUUGCAGUCCAAGGACCUGUCCCUGGUUCACUCCAUGAUUCCACUGGGCUCCUGCACCAUGAAGCUUAACGGGACGACACAGAUGGAACUCAUUGGCCACGACAAAAGUUCAAACAUUCACCCACAUGCCCCCGUGAGCAGCUACAAGGGAUACCAGAAACUGUUCAGCGCCACCUCUGCGCAGCUGGCCGCUCUCACUGGCAUGGAUGCCACCUCACUGCAGCCCAACUCUGGCGCCCAGGGUGAGUUUGCCGGUCUGCGAGCUAUUCGCAAGUACCACGAGCAGCAACCUGGUCCUAAGCGCGAUAUCUGCCUGAUUCCCGUCUCCGCCCACGGUACCAACCCUGCAUCCGCUGCCAUGGCUGGUAUGCGCGUUGUCCCCGUCAAGUGUGACACCAUUACCGGCAACUUGGAUCUCGCCGAUCUCGAGGCCAAGUGCAAGAAGCAUGAAGAAGAACUCGGUGCUUUCAUGGUCACGUAUCCCAGCACAUUCGGUGUUUUCGAGCCCGGUGUCAAGAAGGCUUGUCAAAUUGUGCACGCCCACGGCGGCCAGGUCUACAUGGAUGGCGCCAACAUGAACGCCCAGAUUGGCCUCACCUCGCCCGGCGCUCUCGGUGCCGAUGUGUGCCAUCUUAAUCUUCACAAGACCUUCUGCAUCCCUCACGGCGGCGGCGGCCCUGGGAUUGGCCCAAUCUGUGUCAAGUCUCACCUCGAGCCUUUCCUGCCUCACAAGGACAGCCAGACUCCUGUGUCCAGCGCCCCCUUUGGUAGCGCGAGCAUUGUCCCGAUCAGCUGGUCAUACAUUGCCACUAUGGGUGACAAAGGCCUUCGCAAGGCCACCUCCAUGGCUCUCCUCAACGCCAACUAUCUCCUUGCCCGCCUCAAGGAUCACUAUCCCAUCUUGUACACCAAUGACAAUGGUCGUUGCGCUCACGAAUUCAUCAUCGACGCCCGCCCAUUCCGCGAGACUGCAGGCGUCGAGGCCAUCGACAUCGCCAAGCGUCUGCAGGACUACGGCUUCCACGCCCCCACUAUGAGCUGGCCUGUCCCCAACACGCUCAUGAUUGAACCCACGGAGAGUGAGAGUAAGGAGGAGCUUGACCGCUUCGCCGACGCCCUCAUCAGCAUCCGCGCCGAGAUUCGCGAAAUCGAGGAGGGCAAGCAGCCUCGUCAAGGAAACGUCCUCCGCAAUUCUCCCCACACCCAGAAGGACCUCCUCGUCGGCGACGGCGAGGGUAGGUGGGACCGUCCCUACUCCCGCGAGAAGGCUGCCUACCCUCUUCCCUAUCUGAUGGAAAAGAAGUUCUGGCCUACCGUUACUCGUGUCGACGACACCUACGGCGACACCAACCUUUUCUGCACAUGCCCCCCCGUCGAGGACACUACGCAGUCACAGACGUCUGUAUGA